AUGUGAAGCGCCGCAGCGGCUGGCCCUGGGCCGAGAACUAUAGUAACAACUAGUAACUAAUGACGAGAACUGUUUGUUUAGAUAUUCAAUGUCGGGACAAGUGGAACUGUCUGCGAGGAACGUAUCGCCGCCACGUGAGGACUGAGGCCACCAACAAUGUGAAGCGCCGCAGCGGCUGGCCCUGGGCCGAGAACUAUAGUAACAACUAGUAACUAAUGACGAGAACUGUUUGUUUAGAUAUUCAAUGUCGGGACAAGUGGAACUGUCUGCGAGGAACGUAUCGCCGCCACGUGAGGACUGAGGCCACCAACAAUGUGAAGCGCCGCAGCGGCUGGCCCUGGGCCGAGAGUAUGAGCUUCAUCAAGCGCUACGUCAUAGAGAAGGAGGAUCUGCCUGAUCCUACGCCGACAAAAAUGGCGUCUUCUCCGGCAAAUCAAGUCAAGACCCACAGUCCACAUUGUCCGGUAAACAAAGUUCAAAACGGUACCGGCACCUUGACUCUUGCCGGAGGGAUAUAUAGCGGUGGCAUCAUCUUCAACACCAACAGAGUCGGCAUCGGUAUAGUUCAGCCCAACGUGACUCUACCUACUCUGGGUAUAGUACAGCCCAACCAGACCAACACGGCUGACUCCUCAAAUGUUCCUAAACUGGUCGCGACCAGAGCUGUUCCUCAGGACCCGAUUCACGUGGACGUCAGUAAGGUGAAGACCGAUCACGAGUCCGCCAAAUCACCUGCCAUCACCGAGUUCGUAGACAUGGACGUGGCGGUGAAAAAAGAACCGGUGGACCCAGACGAAAUGGAUCUUCCCGAGGAAUUUGAUUUCCUGCCGGAAGAGUCUACGCAGGGGUCUCAAGAGGACCAGACCAGCAGACACUCCAAAGACCAGGAGGAAGAGGAUGACUCCAACCAGCUGUUCAUGCGCAGCACAGUUGCGCACAUGCGACGCCUCUCGGCCUACGACCAGAGCGUGUUCAAGCUGAGGGUCCAGCAGCUGCUGCACGAGAUGAUGUUUCCCGCCGCCAAAGCUUCUAGUCAGUAGCCACUUCACUCGCCAGUCACUAGUCAAUGAAACCAGACCAAAUAUCAUGCCAAAUGGAACUUAAAAUAAACUUGUUAAUACUAUUAAAAUGACUGAAAAAUUAAACGUUGUUAAGUAA